UGAGGCCGAAAAUCAAGUGCAGCCAAGGUUAACAAAGAUGGCGGCCCUUGUACGAAAAGCCGGUGAACUACGACAAAAGACUACGUAUUUCACUAAAUACAAGAUUGUCCCAACAGCACAUUUGUUCACACUAAUUCCCACCACAAAGAUGGUGAUAUCAAGGGUCGGGCCGCCUGUUGUGAAAUCUUCCAAGUUUGUAGUACGGAAGAUGGGUCCACCAUUAAGAAAGUCCUCAAGACUUUUUGUGAAUGCUGCCAAACCACAUGUGCAGAGAUCAACUAAUGCUGUAAUGAAGACUGUGACACCACAGUUAGAGAAGACACAAGCGUGGUUUUAUCAUCGAUGGUACCAGCAGCUUUACAGAAGAAAGAUUGGCAAGCACUGCUACCACCAGAUGAGGAUGACUACAGAUGUGAAAUUUUGA